CUUCCGCCUAAAGAAAACAUCGUAGAACAACCCCGGAAGACAACAGUGCCAUUCAUUUGUUAUGGUGGGAAGUUGCACAACAACAGCAACACAUCCACACUUCCAGAAGAGUUAAUCCGACCGGUCUAUUGAUAAAAAUGCUCAAAAGUAAGUCCGCCAGCAAGGAGAAGAAGAGGAAGCAUGCGCCGACAGAGGAGCCGAACACAAACAGGCGGCGCGUCUGCACGGAGUCCAGCGUGGAGGACUCCAGGGACGAGAUGGCCGAUGCGGAGCUGGACCGGAUCGGCAGCGACAUGGAGGAAGGGGGCCUGGACCUGAGCCUCCCCUUCCAGCCCAUCGGUGCGUACGCGGCCGACAGGCAGGCCAUGCUGGAGCAGUGCUUUCAGGUGCUGGGGGAGAAGAAGCUGCAGAAGAUGUUACCCGAUGAGCUAAAGAGUUGUCCUCUAGAGGAGAUCAAGAAGCUGUGCUGGGAACAGCUGGAGCAGCUUUCUCAGAAGAACCUGCUUCAGAUUCUGGACGGGGAAGAGCUGACCUCUGGGGAAGAGGACAUGGGCGCAGAAGCAACUUCGACCAGCCAGCAAGAUAACAACGUGGACUCCACCUCCUCCAUUAAAGACACUGAUAAGACCGAGGAGCCCAAGCCAGUCGUCGAGGAAGAGAGCGACGUGCUGAGCAUCAACGCCGACACCUGCGACAGCGACAUCGAGGGGCCCAAGGCGGAGGAGGAGGAGCCCAACGCCAAGGGCCCCGCCAGGGACGCACCGGAGGGGGAGGGGGAGGGGGUGCCCGCCGACCCGGAUGCUGCCGUCGCCAUGGCGACCGACCCGCCGCCCCCGGAGGAGCCCGCCGCGGUCGCACGCCCCCCCGCGAAGGGACAGCUGGAGGUGGACAUCGAUAAAAGCGUCAGCGAGAUCCUGGCGAGCGCAGGGGACGGCGAGGACACCCCGGAAUCGAACCCGCGACCCUCACCGCCGCCGGCGACGGCGUCGUCGUUGGCAACGCCUCUGGGUCUGGCCGGCGGGGGCGUGGCGGGGGCGGGUUCUGAGGUGUGCCAGCCGUCUCUUCAGCAGCUUGAACUCCUAGAGCUGGAGAUGAGGGCCCGUGCCAUCAAGGCGCUCAUGAAGGCCAGUACUGGGAAGAGGCCUUCUUAAGGCCGGGAACACGGGCUGUUUUAAUUGGAGUUUGACUCAACCUGCAUAAGGUGUUUUUACGCUGGUGUUUAUCCUGGAUGGGACACCAAGUAUAUUUGGUCUGUCUUAUCUGGGGCUGCAUCAUCCAUUCUGUCUGUGUUUAUGUGUAUGGAAAUACACUUGUUUAUGGGGCAGGACCUCCAAAAUGUUUUUUUCAUUACCAAACAUUUGUCUUUUAAGUUUUGGUGAUUGUAUUUCAACAUAGGCUUUUUUUUAAGGUUUUUUUUGUAAAGUGAGGAAAAUGUAUACGGUCAGGUGGCAAAAUGUCUUGAGUGCCUCGAUGUUGGAUCAUUAAAAUGUGCGAAAUAUAU